AUGUCGAGCAACGCGACAAACGAGAAACUUGCGCCUAGCCAGGACCACAUCGAGCGUUAUGAGGAUCACCCAGGUAUGGGCCAUCGCAGGAGCAGCUCCAUCGCCGUCGAUGCUUUCGGCCAUCGCGAUAUCGAUGACCGUGCGGAGGAAGCCAAAGGUCGGAUGUCUGAUGUCAUUGACCCCAAGUACUGGUACUCAUGGCGCUUCCUGGGAAGUAUGUUUGCGGUAGGCAUGGCUUUCAUGGGCGGAAUUGGAGGUAUUGCUCUCAUCUCACCAAUCCUUGCCAAUAUCAACGAGGACAUUGGACCGUCACCGAAUAUCAACUGGGUGCCGCUCGUCAACCUUUGUGGUGGUGCAGUCUUCUUCCUCUUGGUCGGCUCACUGUCAGAUAUUUUCGGUCGACGAUGGUUCUUCAUUAUCGGCUCUGUCAUUUCACUAAUCGGUUCAAUCAUUGGUGCUUGUGCUCAAAACGUCAAUACCCUGAUCGGCGCUGAGGUCUUCAUCGGCAUAGGUGUCGCCUUUCAACAGUCCUUCUUCUGGGUCGUUGCCGAGCUGGUUCCCAUGAAAUGGCGCUAUAUCGCGAACUCUUUCUGUUAUGCCAUGACCACUCCAACCAGUCCUCUGGCAGCAAGAGUAGCUUACAGCUUCCUGGAGUAUCCGGGCGGGUGGCGUAAUUGCUUCUACCUCCUCAUCGCUAUCAACGCUACCAGUGUUCUGGCAUGGUACAUCUUCUACCACCCUCCGACUUUCAGCAUGCUGCAUCGCAAGGCGCUUGCAAAGGACCUCUUCUUCAGCUUCGACUGGAUCGGUGUGAUGCUAUUCACUGGAGGCCUUUGCAUCCUCAUCUUCGGUCUUAACUGGGGUGGCGUCCUCUACCCGUGGAAGUCCGCCGCUGUUAUCGCCACCAUGGCCGUCGGCGGUAGCACGCUCUUCUUCGUCCUGCCAGCGUACGAGAUCUUCAUCCACAAGAAGGGCAGGUCGACCUACCUCCCACUUCAUCUGUUCAAGAACAUCCGCUUCCAGUCCGCCGCAUGGAACACGGGCAUCGCUGCUGGUGUAUACUACGGGUUCGGCAUUGUGUUCCCUCAGAUCGUCCAGACUGUGUACUACGGAAGAGGAGAGAUUAGCAGAUACGACAUCGGGACACUGGCUGGUCUUGUGCCCAUGUGCUUCGUGUUUGCACAGAUGUGCCACGGGUUUGUCGUCUGGUUCACAGGUCCCAAGUGGGGGAUGAUCGGAGGUGCAGUCAUCGGUUGCGCCCUUCUCACUGCUGCUUCGGCCAAUCUGAACAAUCGCGCGUUAACCCAGGGCCUCAUCAUCCCUGGUGCUUUCGCUAUCGGCAUUGUCGAGUCUGUUUCUAUCACUACUUCUACGUUCCCGCUGCGAUCACAAGAAGAGAUCGGCCAAGGCGGAGGAUUGAGUGGCAGCACGCGGAAUUUCGUCUCCGCCAUUGCCGUAGCAAUCUACCAGUCCACACUCAGCAACCGUCUGCUCACCACCAUCCCGCAACACGUCUACCCGGUCGCCCGCUCUUUGGGUCUUCCCGACGGUUCUCUCGACAAUCUGCGCAUGGCUCUUCAGGGCCAAGGCUCAUUCGACGCAGUCCAAGGCCUUACUCCUCAGAUCCAAGCUGCAGUGAUGGAGCCCUACCGCCAGGCCUUCGUUUCUGCAGGUCAGACGGUUUUCUUAGUGUCAUUGGCAUUUUCAGGGUCGGCUCUCAUUUUGUCUUUCUUUACUACGGAGAACGACGAGUCCACUGCGAACUUUGUCGCUACUCAGAGUGGCAUUCAGAGAACACAAGAAAGCAAGGAGGAGAUUGCGUCAUCGUAGUCUAAAGCAGGGGAUCUUGGUCUGAGGAAAUAGACCGGUAUUUAUGAGGAUUUGGUUAUAUAUGGGGAUAAGAACAAAGGGUCACUUAUCGUUGUUACCAAGCGGC